AUGUCUGACCUCAAGACCAAGGAAGAAGGCGUCACCGUCACCAGCCGCGACGUCCACACAGUCGACAUCGGCCAGGCCGACGAUGCUGCCGCCUUUGUCGCGGGCAUGAACCCCCAGGAUAUCUCGGAAGAAGACAUCAAACGCGUCCGCCGCAAGAUUGACUUGCACGUCAUGCCAAUCCUAAUGCUCAUGUAUUUUAUCCAAUUCCUCGACAAGAACACACUGGGAUCUUCGUCCAUCCUUGGAAUCAAGACGGACAACCACCUGUCAAGCAGCGAGUACAACUGGCUUGGAACCAUCUUCUAUUUGUCGUACCUGAUCUUUGAGUGGCCGCAAAACCUCGCCCUUCAGCGCUUCCCGCCCGCCAAGUGGAUGGCUGGCAACAUUUUGGUCUGGGGUGUCGUUCUCAUGUGCCAGGCGGCCUGUCACAACUUUAGCGGACUUUUCGUUUGUCGCUUCUUCCUGGGCGCUUGCGAGGGAUCAAUUACUGCUGGCUUCCUCAUCGUCACCAGCAUGUUCUACACCCAUGACGAGACCGCUCGCCGCGUUGGCUACUGGUUCCUUAUGAACGGCUCGGCCAUCAUCUUUGGCGGUUUCCUGUCUUGGGCCACUUUCCAGAUGGACGCCAAGGUCUUUGCGCCGUGGAGGCUCUUCAUGAUCAUCUGCGGAGGUCUGACUCUUAUCACCGGCGCCCUGUUCUGGUUCUUCAUCCCCGACAGCCCCAUGACCGCCUACUUCCUUACCAAGGAGGAGCGCGUCAUUGCUAUCCAGCGCCUUGCCCACCAGUCGUCCGGUAUCGAGAACAAGCACUGGAAGAAGGACCAGUUCCUCGAGGCGCUCACUGACUGGAAGUGCUGGGCCUUCUUCUUCCUUGGAUCCUUCACUCAGCUCCCCAACUCGCUCUCCAACCAGAAUGCCUUGAUCAUCAACAGCUUUGGCUUUAGCACCUCGCAGACCGCCCUGCUGGGUAUGGUUUUGGGUGCGAUUGAGAUCUUUGCAAUCCUGACCGCCACCGGGCUGCUCAAGAGGUACCCCAACAGCCGCUCUUACGUGGCUGCUGUGUACUACAUUCCCAGCAUCAUCUCGGCGAUUAUGAUUAUCACUCUCCCCUGGUCCAACAAGGGCGGACUCUUGACCGCCAUGUACCUCGGCCAGCUGGGUAUCGGUCCCUCGUUUGUCAUCGCCCUCGCAUGGUGCACCACCACCAGCGCCGGCCACACCAAGAAGACCACCGGUAACGCCAUGCUCCUCAUCGGCUACUGUCUUGGCAACCUGCUUGCCCCCCAGAUGUGGAAGGCGCAGUACUCGCCCCGCUACUACAUUCCCUGGGGUGUUAUUCUCGCCGCCUACAUCAUCUGCCCGUUGAUGUUCAUCACCAUUGGUCUCUUCUUGCGCAAGGAGAACCGCCGCCGUGACCGUCUCCAGAACGGUGGCCAGCCGGCUGAAAAGUACUUUGACGCCAACGGAGACGAGCUCGACCCCACCUUCCUCGACCUCACGGACCGCCAGAACCUCGGAUACCGCUACCCCUUGUAA